GAGAAGGGGGAAUAUUUAAAAAUAUAUAGAAAAAAUCAUAAGUCGGUUAAAAAUUGACAAAAAAUGUCGCUAAGUAGGUGGCUUGUUCGAGGUUUUAGAAGUUCCGCAAUUAGGCACAGUGCAGUUCAACAAAUGCAAUCAUCAAAAGCGGAUUGGUUGAACAGGACUCAGCGUUUCAAUAACACCGUUCAAGAAAUAAUCACUAAUGUGAUGGCUAACGGUGAAGUUGCUAAAACACCAUCACUAGCUAAACGAUUAGUUAAGUUAAUGGAAUAUGAUACGUUAUUAAGAGUGCCUCUACAAGGACACAUGACGAUGAUGGCCUACGAAGUGUUAGAGAAUCCUAUUAACCUUAAUGAGAAGAAUUUAUAUAAAGCGCAAGUUGUGUCGUGCGCCAUGGAAUUGGCACAAUCCUAUUUCCUUAUCAUGGAUGACUUCGAGGACCAAUCUAAGACGCGACAUGGACAGCCGUGUUGGCAUUUAUUGCCCGAAGUCAAUAAUUUAAUUCUGAACGACGCCUGCAUGUUCCGAAGUCUUGUAAACGACAUUCUAAAAGAACAUUUGAACGGUCCCGUUUAUACUAAAACGAUAGACAUAUUUAAUGAGAUGUAUUUAUUUGUAGCUAUUGGCCAGUAUCUUGACAACACAAUUCCUAAAGCUAAAGAUAUUUCUUUAUAUACGCUAGAGAACUAUAAUAAAAUAAUAAGAUACAAAUGCACGUACUACUGCUUAGAAAUACCAAUUAUGUUAGCAUUGAUUUUAUGCGAAAAAGACAAUGAGCCAACUUUUGAGCGCAUUAGAGACAUUGUACGUGACGUGGGCGCCUUAUAUCAGAUGAUGAAUGAUUACACGGACUUGAGCAAUGAGGAGUCUAAAUCGGGCAAAACUGGUAGUGACAUACAAGAAGGGAAGUGCACUUUUUUCGCCGUGAAGACGAUGGAGCGCGCGACUCCUGAGCAGAAGGAAAUAUUCAAAUCUUCGUAUGGCAGCUGGGAUCCCGAAAACGUUAAACGCAUAAGGAACCUAUACAAAGACUUAGAUUUAAUUUCCCUUUACAAGGAACAACAUAAUUUUAAAUACAACCAGUUCAUGAAAAAUAUUAAUAGCCUUCCAUCAGACGAUAUCCUGACACCGGAUUUAUUCAUGAAAAUGAUGGAGGCUUCCAACCUGAACAACUGGGAAAUAUACUAGCCCUUA